ACUUCACCCUCACUUCACCCUCACCAACCUCACAUCUCUAUACUUCUACCUCCUCACCCACGAAAACAAACAAUAACCAAAACACCACAUUCCACAAUCACCACGCGUACGCAGCCGCAACCUCUGAAUUCACCCCAUCAAGUCAGGUCAGAUCUGGGAACACAGAAACAAUUUCCCCAAGCUGCUCAACACUUCAACCUUGAUUUUCUCACUUCGGUGAACACUUGAACCUAUACCCAUCGAUCUCACCUUCGCCAUGUCUGAAGGCGAUGUUGUCCCCACCGCGGGCCCCGUGGUCGUCGAGGCGCACGAGGUUGUAACAUACCCACCACCCACGAAGUUGUUUGAGAAGCACCCCAGCAAGCCCCAUAUCGAUGGCAUUUCGGAAUACGAGUCCAUGUACAAAGAGUCCAUUACGGAGCCAGAGAAGUUUUGGGGCAAGCACGCGCGUGAGCACUUGACCUGGUCGAAAGACUUCCAGACCGUCCACACCGGCAACCUGAACGACGGCGACAACGCGUGGUUCCUGGAGGGCGAGAUCAACGCCUCAUACAACUGUGUCGACCGCCACGCCAUCAAGAACCCAGACAAGGCAGCCAUCAUCUACGAGGCUGACGAGCCCAACGAGGGCCGUACCCUGACCUAUGGCGAGCUUCUCCGCCAGGUCUGCAAGACCGCUCACGUCCUCAAGCAGAUGGGCGUCCAGAAGGGCGACACUGUUGCGAUCUACCUUCCCAUGAUUCCGGAGGCACUCGUCGCAUUCCUUGCCUGCGCGCGUAUCGGUGCCGUGCACUCCGUCGUUUUCGCUGGUUUCUCGGCCGAUUCCCUGCGCGACCGUGUCAACGACGCCAAGUCCAAGGUUGUCAUCACCAGCGACGAGGGCAAGCGUGGAGGAAAGGUUAUUGCCACCAAGAAGAUUGUGGACGACGCACUCAAGCAGUGCCCAAAUGUCACCAGCUGCCUGGUUUACCAGCGCACCGGAGCCGAUGUCCCAUGGACCACCGGUAGAGAUUGGUGGUGGCAUGAGGAGGUCGAGAAGUGGCCCGCCUACAUUGCCCCAGAGCCAAUGAACUCCGAGGAUCCUCUGUUCCUCCUCUACACCUCUGGUUCCACUGGUAAGCCAAAGGGCCUCAUGCACAGCACCGGUGGCUACCUUCUCGGUGCGGCUAUGACUGGAAAGUACGUCUUCGAUAUCCAUGAUACCGACAAGUUCUUCUGUGCUGGUGAUGUCGGAUGGGUUACCGGCCACACCUACGUUGUCUACGCACCACUGCUCCUUGGUAUUGCCACGGUCGUCUUCGAGGGAACCCCCGCGUACCCCAACUUCUCCAGAUACUGGGAUACCAUUGAAAAGCACGGCAUCACUCAAUUCUACGUCGCACCCACCGCCCUGAGACUGCUCAAGCGCGCCGGCGACCAGCACAUCACCGCUCAGAUGAAGACCCUCCGUGUUCUCGGAACGGUCGGUGAGCCAAUCGCUCCUGAUGUGUGGAAGUGGUACCACGACACCGUCGGAAAGAAGGAGUGCCAGGUUGUUGAUACCUACUGGCAAACCGAGACCGGCUCCCACGUCAUCACCCCGCUUGCUGGCGUUACCCCCACCAAGCCCGGCAGUGCCUCCCUUCCAUUCUUCGGCAUCGAGCCUGCCAUCAUUGACCCUGUCUCUGGCAAGGAGGUCGCUGGCAACGAUGUCGAGGGCGUUCUUGCCUUCAAGCACGCCUGGCCCAGCAUGGCCCGCACUGUCUGGGGUGCGCACAAGCGUUACAUGGAGACCUACCUGACCGUGUACCCAGGAUACUACGUAAGUUUGAUGCUCCCAUUCCAUAGCUAAACCUAACCCCCAUCUAGUUCACAGGCGACGGAGCCGGACG